AUGUCACAAAAAUCAGUAGUUUUACAUUUAUAUCGUUCAUUAGUAAGAGAAUCAAAAAAGUUUUCAAGCUAUAAUUUUAGAGAAUACUCCUUACGUAGAGUAUCUGUUGGUUUUAGAGAAAAUAAAAAUAAAGACCAAAACGAAACAAAAGAAUUAAUUCAAGAUGCUCUUAAAAAUUUAGAAAUGGUCAAAAGACAAGCAUUUAUCAAUUCAAUGUAUUCAACAAAUAAAUUAGUUGUUGAAUAA